AUGGCCAGCGCCACGGCCGGCUCCACAUCUUCGGCCGUCGCCAAUGGGGGCUCCGACAGCAACGUCCAGGCAUCGGCCGUGGCCGUCUCCCAGGGCGGCUCGUCCUUCGCCGCUUCCAGCGCAUCGUCUGAGGCGCUCAAGCAGGUGGAGGACGCCUUUGCCGAGGCGGUGCUGCGAGUGAUCCCCAAGACAGAAGGAAAGAGCUGUGAAGAUGUCAUUGACGUCGUGUCCCUCGAGGUCGAGGCGACAGGGCUGGCCAUUGCGAGCGCCUACGCUGACGCCUUUGGUCAGGUGGGAUUUGCUAGGGUUGAACUUGAAGGCGAGGGCAGCGCAUGCGCCGAGGCCUCAGCCACGUCAAGUUCUACCGCGGAAUCUUUUGCCGCCAUCGUUGCCGGUGUGCUGUUCAACGCUCUCAGUGAAGAACAAGAACACCUGGACAGUGUCGAGGAUCUCACUGUCAUAAUCUCGGAAGCGUUCGCCUCGGCCUUUGUGGACGCCUACACGUCCGUUUGCACCACAGGCGGUUACGGUCAGGCGCAGCAGCUGUCCUUCGCGGAGGCCAUGGCGACCCCCAUCGCGCGCGCCUUUGUCUUCGCCAUCUCCGGAGUCGGCUGUCUGGAUGUAUACGACACCGAUCUUGAGGAGAGCGCCACUGAGGGAGAUGUGUCUGAGGAAGUUUCGCAGUCCACUGUGACGGAAUCGACCUCCUUCAUCGAGGGAAAAGGGUCAUCCACGAGCGCCGGCGCCGCCGAAUCAGCGGCGGGGAGCGCGGCUGAGGCCGACGCUGCAAAGUCUGAAUCCACGGCGCAGUCCGUCUCGGACAGUGCCGACGGGAGCUCCGAAGCGACGGCCAAUGCCGACAGCGUGUCCGGCCUGGCUCAGUCGUCUGCUUUGGCGACCACAGAGGUAAUUGUCGAGGUGGAGCGCUUGGUGGACGUUGCCUUGGGUGAAGCGCUUGCAAAGUACGACGGCAUGCCUUGCGAGGAGAUCUUGGAGACCGUUUCCGAGGGCGCGCAAGCCCACGCCGCAGCGGUGGCCAGCGCCUACGCCGUCUCCUUCGGAGAGGUGUUUGUGGAGGGAGACGGCUCCGCCUGUGCCCAGGCUUCCAGCAGCGCGACCGCCGAGGCAGACGCCUUUGCCAAGGCCGUGGCAAGCGUCCUCCUCCGCACGUACAACGGAACGAGCGAGGAGCGCGUGGAGUCCAUCCUGUCCACCGCCACCGCCGACGCGUUCGCCGACGCCUACGCCUCCGUAUGCACCGGGGAAGGCUACGGCGCUGCGGAGCAGGCGUCUUUUGCUGAGGCAGUUGCCGAAGCCUUGGCCAAGUCGUUUGUCUUCGCUGCUGGCGGCGAAGAGUGCCUUGAGGCGUAUUCUGAAGCAUCUGGACAGGGUUUUACGUUUACAGAAUCCACAUCCACCACAGUGGUGGACGGGCUGGGUGAGGCGGAGGCCGCCGGACUGGCGACUGCCGCCACCGGGGGACAUGCGGAGGGCGAGGGCGCCUCGGCCGACUCCAGCGCUGCGUCGGUGUCGGACAGCCUUGAUGGAAAUGUGGACGCCGUCUCGAGCGCGACGUCCACGGAGGGAUCAGCUUCUGCAGCCGCCGUGGCAGUGGCAGAGGUCAUCGUGCGGGCAGCCAGCGGCGUGGCGGCUGCCCUGGAGGACGUCGCCCUGUCGGGGCUGAGCUGCCCCGACGCACUGAAGCAGGUGCACGACGAGAUCCUGGAGUCGUCCCAGUCGUUCGCCAGCAACUAUGCCUCCGCUCUCGCCGAGGCCUCCGUGGACGGCAAGGGCAACGCCUGCGCCGAGGCCGCAGGGUCAGCCCAGGCCGCCGCCAGCGGCUUUGCAUCCGUUCUCAUUGAAGUCAUAUUGGACAAGACAGGUGACAAUCUGAUGGGCGACGGCGAAGAGAAGGAGGUGCAGAGUCUGGUGGAAGCUGGUGCGGCCAAGGCAUUCUCAGACGCCUUUGCCACG